UAUGAUUGUCUUUGGAUUAAAGAAAGAAGCAAUAUCCAGCGAUGCCAUCCACCAUGACCCCAGGACCUUCCUCAAAACCCUCCUCUUUUUUGUCUCUCCUCUGAUCUUAUGAUCCAAUCGGUAAAAUGGUAUACAGUGAAUCCGACUGCUUUUCUCACUCAAUAAAAUAAUCAAAAGUUCCAAGUUAAUAUCCCCCAAGAAAAGUGAGAAAUUGGUUUCUAUAUAUGUCUACCUUUAAUCCCAUCAAAAAGCCCCUUCAUUUUCUUGCCUCUCUCUCUUACUACUGCUGCUCUACUUUUUGAGGUUUUCUUUGAGUAGCUGCCUUGUGUUUGUAUAAAUGUCUGACUGAGCUGCUGCUUCUUCAAUUAUUUGUUGACAGCACUUAAACCCCCCCACCUCUUUUUUCUCUCUCUCUAUAUCUGGUUCAUGUACAAACAUUCACAUAUAUACGAUCCAAAAUGUCAUAAAUCAAGUGGAUUUGUACCUUAUAAGAUCUGGGGUUUGGAGAUGGAGACUUGAUAAGAUCUGUUUAGAAAGGAGUUAUUUUUAUACCUAAAAUCGAAGAAAAUGUCGGGUCAGAAGCAAGCAGAGGACUCGAUAAUUUCAUCAAAUUUCAACGAGAAUGAACAUGAAGGUGGAGGAGGAAAAGAAGAAGGCAAAGAAGAAGAAGACCAGUCGGUUUUCUCCAUGAAAAAUGCUCUGUGGCAUGGAGGGUCUUCUUGGGAUGCUUGGUUUAGUUGUUCUUCAAAUCAAGUGGCACAAGUGCUGUUAACACUUCCAUACUCUUUCUCUCAACUGGGUAUGGUCUCAGGGAUUGUCCUCCAAAUUUUCUACGGCAUUCUUGGCAGCUGGACUGCUUAUCUCAUCAGUGUUCUUUACAUUGAGUACAGAAACAGAAAAGAAAAAGAAGGUGUCAGCUUCAAAAACCAUGUCAUCCAGUGGUUUGAAGUUCUUGAUGGAUUAUUGGGACCUUACUGGAAAGCAAUAGGACUGGCUUUCAACUGCACUUUUCUUCUGUUUGGCUCUGUCAUACAACUCAUAGCCUGUGCAAGUAAUAUAUACUACAUAAAUGACCAUUUGGACAAAAGGACAUGGACAUACAUAUUUGGAGCAUGCUGCGCAACCACUGUGUUCAUCCCAUCUUUCCACAACUACAGAAUUUGGUCUUUUCUUGGCCUUGGGAUGACCACUUACACCGCCUGGUACAUGGCCAUUGCAGCUUUAAUCCAUGGCCAGGUUGAUGGGGUUCAACACUCUGGUCCCAAGAAGCUCGUGCUGUAUUUCACCGGAGCCACCAAUAUCUUAUACACCUUCGGUGGCCAUGCUGUCACUGUGGAGAUUAUGCAUGCUAUGUGGAAACCCCGAAAAUUCAAGUAUAUUUACCUAAUUGCCACCCUCUACGUUUUCACACUGACGCUACCGUCAGCUUCUGCUGUAUACUGGGCCUUCGGCGACAAGCUUCUUAAUCACUCGAACGCCUUCUCUCUCCUUCCCAAGACCCGUUGGCGUGAUGCCGCCGUCAUCUUAAUGCUCAUUCAUCAGUUCAUUACAUUUGGAUUUGCAUGUACACCGUUGUAUUUCGUGUGGGAGAAGGUGAUCGGUAUGCACGACACGAAGAGCAUAUGUUUACGGGCGCUCGCAAGGCUACCGGUUGUGGUACCAAUUUGGUUCUUGGCUAUCAUCUUCCCCUUUUUCGGACCCAUCAAUUCCGCCGUCGGUGCACUCUUGGUCAGUUUCACGGUCUACAUCAUCCCGUCUCUCGCCCAUAUGCUCACAUACAGAACGGCCUCAGCUCGUCAGAAUGCAGCGGAGAAACCUCCUCGCUUCAUGCCGAGUUGGGCCUGCAUGUACGUGUUCAACAUGUUUGUUGUUGUUUGGGUUCUGGUUGUCGGGUUUGGAUUUGGUGGAUGGGCUAGUGUGACCAACUUUGUCAGACAAGUAGAUACGUUCGGUUUAUUCGCCAAGUGCUACCAGUGUAAGCCUACGGGACCACCUCUGCCACAACAUUGAGCUGACUUGAAACUGAAGCGGUUCGGUUUUUCUGAGUCCGUACGUUGUAUUGUACAUGGGAGCAUCAAAUAUUUCCCUACAUGUGAUGUGUGUUGGCUUGCUUUGUUUAUCUCUCUCUAUUUUUGAUUUUUGGUUUAUAAUUUUUUUCUAUAUUUUUUUAAAAGUUUGGUAGAUUUAAGAUAGUGUGUUGAAUUGCAAUUUGCAAAUGAUUCCUUUGCUACAAAGCAUAGGGUCAUUUAAAACCAUAUAUGCUGAGUACUUUAUUCCACCUUUGUUGGAUAGAUAUCAAUUGAAUAUAUCAAGGUGCUUCUUGCUAGCAA